GCGCAUGUUAGUAAAAAAAGGUUGGAAACAUUGUUCCCUUCAGGUGGUUCGUUCUAGACACCCCUCGCCGCCGUGGAAGUACAAGAAAGGAUAGAGUUCGCCGAGGCUGGUGUACCGGGCUGGCGCGGCCCCCGCCGUCGCCGAUGCUUGACCGCCAGCUUGGAUGCGGGAGGAGAGCGAGGGAAUGGAAUUCCUACUUGAUGCGGUCGACAGGUUCCCGGUGCGGGAGGAGUAUGCCGACAAUAUUGAACACCCAGAUCCAAUCCCACUGAUGUACCUACUGGAUAAGGGUACUGCUAACCCGGAUGUUCACCAAGCGGAUGUUGAUUCUGCGGCAGCUGAGAUGUUCGGAGAUGGUUUGCUCAGCGAGGGGCAGGUGGGCUGCCAACGUAGACGUGAGGAAUCUCCGACAAGGUCUGCCCAAUCGACCGGCAGGGUAAAUCCACAGGCCCCCGGAUGGACUAAAAGGCUCCGUCUCGGGAGUGCGCCACCCGACCGUGUGCCUUGUCCAUCUAGGAUGAGCGCACUGGAGCUAUCAAUGCGCAAAUAUGUCGAGCAACCGGACAAGAGUGUGGUGCAUCCUGAGCUAGGCCUUAGUUUUGAUUCACUUGGUGAGGCGUACGAUUUCUACAACUUGUAUUCCUGGGAAAUUGGAUUCGGAAUAAGAUAUGGAAAGAGCAGGUUGAAUGCUGAGAGGAAGAAAACCAUGCAGGAAAUAGUAUGUGGUUGUUCGGUGAGUUCACUUUAAACUUACUGCUAAAAUGAGAAGUAGGUUACAGGUUGAGUUUGGAUGCGUAUACGAAAUAGCUUGGAUGGUAUUGGAAUUAAUUCAAUGUAUCACAUGCAAGGUAAACCAGAUGCCGAGAAUAGCAGGUCAUGCAGGUGCGAGUGCCCGGCUCUAAUCAGGCUGCUUCGUUCGUCAGACAAUAGUUGGUACAUAACGGAGCACCGAGCGAGCCACAAUCAUUCUAUGUCGCUUACAAUGGGAGAAAAAGUGCACUGGCCAUCGCAUAAGCACAUAGACGUCUACACCAAAGACUUAAUAAGGCAGUUGCGGGAGAACAACGUCAACCUAGGGAAGGUUUACAGCAUAAUUGGUAGCUUCUUUGGUUCAGUUGAAAAGGUUCCGUUCACUAAAAGGACACUCAGAAACAUUUGUGGUAAGAUUAGUCGCGAGCAAGCCGAAGAUGAUGCACGGAAGACACUGCAGGUGUUCGCCGACAUCCGGUCAAAGGACCCUGACUUCUCCUAUGUGGUUCUGGCUGAGAAGGACAGCAAGGUGAAGAAUCUCAUGUGGGCAAAUGGGAGCAGCAGGAUGCAGUACAGGUUCUUUGGCGACGUGGUGACCUUCGACACCACGUACAGAACUAAUCUGUAUGACAUGCCAUUCGGUCUUUUCGUUGGAGUUAACAAUCACUAUCAGAGUAUCAUCCUGGCAGGAGUUUUGAUGCGUGACGAGCAAGAGGAAAGCUUCGAAUGGGUGUUUACAGAAUUCAUUCGCAUGAUGGGCGGACCUGCGCCAAAUACAAUAUUGACAGACCAAUGCAGAGCUAUGGAGGUUGCAAUCAAGAAAAUUUAUCCAAACACUGUGCACCGAUGGUGUAAGUGGCAUGUUCUGAAGAAGGCAAAAGAAACACUUGGGCCGCUUUACACGAAGAAGAGUGAUUUCCAGUCUGAAUUUCACAAAGUUGUUAAUCACAUGAUAACUGAAGAGGAAUUUGAAACAGCAUGGGACGGCCUGCUUGAUAAGUACAAUCUGAGGGGGCAUAACUACAUGACACAAAUAUAUGAGACAAGACAUAAAUGGGCAAAACCAUAUUUCAGAGGAGUGUUCUGCGCAAAGAUGACAAGUACACAGAGGAGUGAGAGCGCAAACCACAUGCUGAAGUCAUACAUGCCCCCCGCCAGCCCGAUGCACGUUUUCGUCCGUCAAUACAUGAGGCUUCAGUUCGACCGUGAGCGUGAUGAAAGCUACGAGGAGAAGAGAACAAUGAUUGGCGGCGCAGUGUGGCGGACAAACCUUGCAAUAGAGCGGCAUGCAAGCAAAAUAUAUACAAGGAAUAUGUUUGAGGAAUUUGGACGAUUACUAAUGGAAGCAACUGCAUACAAUGUUGCUGAAAAAGAAAGUAUGAGGAAAUAUAUAACAACUCACAAUAAUGCAGCCAAACGAGAGAAGUGGAGCAGGGUGGAGUAUGAAGUAACAGUUAACGAAGACAGAACAAUAUUCGCGUGCGAAUGUGGUCAAUUUGAGCACACAGGCAUGCUUUGCUGCCAUGCUUCGCGGGUGAUGGAGAUUCUACAUCUUGAUGAAAUCCCUAAAUAUCAUAUCUUGAAGAGGUGGACAAGAGAUGCUAGAGAUGUACUACUGGAGCACUUGGCUCAGUACCAGAAAGACAAAUCACAUAAAUUGUCUUUCACGUACAGGCAUUCAACAUUAUAUUUUAAAGCCAUGGAAGCUGUUCGGAUGGGGGAUGCAAGUGCUGCAUGCUAUGACUACAUGAAUUCUGGACUGGACUCCCUACUGCGGGGUGGAGCACCUCUGGCGGCCGUGCGUGAUGGAUUGGCAUUCGAGGAUCGUCUAAAUGAAAAUGGAAAUGCUAGUGCAGCGUGCAACAGCCAAAAUGCUAAUGCAGAUGAGGAGGCUGAGCAAGGCAACAGUGUUAUGAAUUCAGUGGGCAUGAAUGAACUUCAUUGUCUUGCUGCUCCGGAAAAGCGUAGAGGUGCUGGCAGGCCGACAAGCAGCAGGGAGAAGGCACCAUAUGAAGGGCUGAGUAAGAGAACCAGGUUCUGCAGCAUUUGCAGGCGCGAGGGGCACAAGAGGACGACAUGUCCAGAUCGAGGGGAUGCUCCGAAGAAGCCGCGGAAGCCAAGCAAAUGCAAGAACUGCGGGAUAGAGGGGCACCGGCGGAACACAUGCAAGAGGCCUCUUGGGUUUGCCGAGAGCUGAGUAGUGUUUUUUCCAUUCGAUGACUCUGAUUUCCUUUUUUCCGUGAGUCAUGUAUCUCAUUUUCCCUGAUAUUUCUUUCAUGGGGCAAUGAGAAAAAAAGGGGUGAUGUUGUGGGAAGAAAAUGUAAAUUUGGUCUGAGAUUAACUGUCCAUGUUUUCAGCAUUGGUCACUUGUGUCUUUGAACACGUGUGAGAAAUUAUCGUUUCACGAAUAACUGUGUUGCUCUUGUAAGGGCGACAGAGAUUUAGGUCUUUUCCCAUACUUUGUUUUCUGGUGCAAUAUUUGAUAUCUGGAAACAUAUUCGUUUGAA